AUGGGCAUUCAUCCAAACGUUGUCCUAGGAUGGCUUCGAGACAAUAUGGGCAACAGGGACAUGAGCAACCAUUAUCGGCUCCACAGUUCUCGCAUGUGCCGACUCAGGCUUAUCCAGCUUUUCCAGCACCACUGGGGCAACCAAUACAACAGGUGCAUCAGGGAAGGGUGUAUAAUGUUACACCAUAUGAUGCAUGGGCACCUCACACUAAUUAAGGAAACAAAGAUAUGGCAAGAGAAUGUUGCUGUAGUUCGCAGAAAUAUUGCACAUAUAUGGAGUAUAGUUUGUAACUAUCAGUACUCUACCCUUGGGAGAGUUUGGAUCCUGUGGAAUCCAAUGCUGGUGUCUGUCUACCCCACAUUCACGAAUGGUCAAGUGAUUAAUUGUUCAAUUUGGAUUCACAGUUUGAACACAAAAUGUUUGGCUUCUUUUGUUUAUAGAGCCAACACUGUUGUUAAAAGAGUUGCUCUUUGGAAAGCCCUACACAUCCACAAUGAGCCUGGAGGACCAUGGAUCCUCAUGGGUGACUUCAAUGUUCUACUUCAUGUGAAUGAAUCUUUUGGGGGUGCCAAUAGAUGGACUAAAGGGAUGUUAGAUUUUAAGGAAUGUUUGCACAAAAAUGAGUUAGAAGACCUGAGAUUCACUGGCAUCCAGUUUACCUGCACCAAUAAUAGCUUUAGGUGUGCUAACAUAUCAAGGAAACUGGAUAGGGUUUUGGUACUUAAUGAGAAGUUCAUUGAUAUUGUUUUCCAUGGUUGGCAAAAUGAGGUUUUUGGCACUGAGAUGUUCAAUGUGGUACAAAAGCUGAGAGCAUUAAAAUAUCCUUUGAAACUACUUAACAAGAGAGCUUUUGGUUCUAUGGUGGAUAUCUACAGAAAGGAGCUGUCACAGUGCCAAGCUAAUUUGGAUCUCAAUCUUGCAAAUGACCAUCUUCGAUUACAAGAAAAGGAUUUGGCAGUUAAGUUCAGUGAACUUUGUUUGGCUGAGGAAAUUUUUUACAAACAGAAAGUACAAAUCCAUUGGCUUAAGGUUGGGGACCAGAAUAUUUCCUUCUUUAUGAAAUCAUUCUCAUCCAAAGCUAAUAGAAGGAAGGUGGUUUCAAUUGAAGACUCAUUGGGGAAUACUAUCCAAGGUUUGGAUUUAAGGAAUGAAUUCCUCAAUUACUUCCAAAACCUUCUUGGUCAGAGCUAUAGCACCUAUCCAGACCUCUCAAUCAAUUGUUCCAAAAGUCAGGUUUUCUUCUCUGGUGUGGAUAGGCAGACUAGAAUUCAAAUUCAAUCAUUGCUACAAUUUGACACUGGAAUGCUUCCAAUUACCUAUCUUGGGCUACCACUUUCCUCCUCAGCAAUUAAUGCAACUGACUGUCAAUCUCUUAUCCACAAGAUUACAACUGGAUUUAGCUCCUGGACAUCAAGAUUCCUUUUAUAUGCUGGGAGAGCAGUUUUGAUCAAGUCCAUCCUUCAUUCCAUUCAAGCAUACUGGUCCCAAGCCUUCAUUAUACCUAUAAAGGAAGGAGCUUGUGGGUGGACUGGAUCUAUAGGUAUCUUAUCAAAAACAAAAGUUUCUGGACAAUCAAAGCUAACUCAACCAAUUCUGGCUUUUGGAGGAAGCUCCUCAAACUUAGAGACAUGGCGAGAAGGUUGA